AUGGCGAUUCCAAGUUCCCCUGCAUUCAGGUACGAUGUGUUCCUCAGUUUUAGAGGGGAAGACACGCGUUAUGGUUUAACCGGCAAUCUCUACAAAGCUCUCCGUGACAGGGGAAUUCACACUUUCAUCGAUGAUGAGCACCUUCAGCGUGGAGAUGAAAUCACAGCAGCACUUCUGAAAGCAAUUGAAGAGUCUAGGAUUGCCAUCGUUGUGCUCUCUCACAACUAUGCUUCUUCCUCCUUCUGCUUGGAUGAACUUGCAGCCAUCCUUGAGUGCAAGAAUAAAGGGCUACUUAUUAUACCGGUAUUUUAUAAGGUGCACCCUUCAGAUGUGAGACACCAGAAAGGUAGUUAUGGAGAAGCAUUCACUAAGCAUCAGAGAAGGUUCAAAGAUAAGAAGGAGAAGUUGCAAAAAUGGAAGAUGGCUCUGAGUCAAGUAGCUGAAUUGUCUGGAUAUCAUUUCGAAGAAGGUGAUGGAUACGAAUACAAGUUUAUUGAGAGUGUUGUGGACCGGGUCUGCCACAAGAUUAAUCCUGCUCGUUUACAUGUUGCGGAUUACCCUGUUGGAUUAGGGCCACAAGUGCUAGAAGUAAGAAAGCUUCUAAACGUUGAAUGUGGUGAUGGAUUCCACAUGAUAGGGAUCCAUGGAAUGGGUGGCGUAGGAAAAACAACCCUCGCUUUAGCACUUUAUAAUUUGAUUGCUGACUGUUUUGAUAGUUCUUGUUUUGUUCAAAACGUGAGAGAGAAAUCAAAAAAGCAUGGGCUGGAACACCUCCAAAGCAUUAUUCUUUCGAACCUACUUGGAGCGAAGGACAUCAACUUAACAAGUGAGCAUCAAGGGAUUUCAAUGAUACAACAAAGGUUGCAACGAAAGAAGGUUCUGUUGAUUCUUGAUGACGUUGACAGGUGCGAGCAGUUACAGGCUCUGACGGGAAGCCCUGAUUGGUUUGGUCCCGGCAGCAGAGUCAUCAUCACAACUAGAGAUACACAACCGCUUGCAUCUCAUCAGGUCACAGGAACAUACGAGGUCAAGACAUUGAAUGCAAAGGACGCUCUUCAAUUGCUUACAUGGAAAGCUUUCAAAACGGAACAGGUUGAUCCAAGUUACACGGAGGUCUUGAAUGAUGUAGUAAGUUAUGCUUCUGGCCUUCCAUUGGUUUUGGAAGUAAUCGGUUCCAACCUGUUUGCAAAAAGUGUGGAAGAGUGGAAAUCUGCUAUCAAUCAAUAUAAAAGAAUUCCUAACAAUCGAAUCCUAGAUAUUCUUAAAGUAAGCUUCGAUGGUUUGGAGGAAGAAGAGAAGAGUGUUUUUCUUGACAUUGCUUGUUGCUUCGAAGGAUAUGAACUGACAGAGGUUGAGGUUAUGCUUCGUGCACUCUACGAUGACUGCAUGAAAUAUCAUAUUGGGGUGCUGGUUCAAAAAUCUCUCAUUAAGAUUUAUUACUCGAGUACAAUUGUAAUGCAUGAUUUAAUUUGGGACAUGGGUAGACAAAUUGACCGCAGAGAAUCAUCGAAAAAGCCAGGAAAGGGCAGGAGAUUAUGGUUACCUAAAGAUAUAAUUCAAGUUUUAAGGGACAACACAGGAACUAGGGAAACUAAAAUCCUAUGCCUGGAUUUGUCUAUAUCUGAGAAAGAAGAAACGCUAGAAUGGAAUGCCAACGCCUUCAGAAGGAUGAAAAACCUUAAAAUACUUAUCAUUAGAAAUGGUAAAUUUUCCAAAGGUCCCAAUUAUUUUCCAGAAAGUUUGAGAGUACUGGAAUGGCAUGGAUACCCUUCAAAUUGUUUACCAUCAAAUUUUCAUCCGAACAAACUUGUGACAUGCAAGUUGCCUAACAGUCCUUUUACGUCAUUUGGGUUCCAUGGUUCAUCAAAGAAGUUCGAGAAUUUAACCGACUUGAAUUUUGACAAUUGCCAACUUUUAACACGGAUGCCUGACCUAUCUGAUCUCCCAAAUCUGGAGAAACUUUCCUUUGAACGGUGUGAGAGUUUAAUUGCACUUGACGACUCAAUUGGUUUUCUGAAUAAACUUAAAAUAUUGAAAGCUCAACAUUGCACAAAACUUCAGAGAUUUCCACCUCUCAACUUGCCCUCUCUUGAAGUACUUCAAUUUCCAUAUUGUUACAGUCUGGAGAAUUUUCCAGAAAUAUUAGGAAAGAUGGGAAAAAUAAGGGAACUUCAUUUGUAUGAACUUGCCAUAAAAGAGUUGCCAGUUUCAUUUCAAAAUCUUACCGGACUCCGUGAGUUAUACGCGGCAUGUGAUUUUCUUCAGUUAAAUAGCAGUGCCUUGAUGUCUUCGUUGACUGUUGUUGAAGCUUAUGGAUGCAAGGAGUGGAAAUGGGUAAAUCCAAAAGAUGGUGAAGAAGUGAGCUUAACGGUAUCUUCAAAUAUAAGGUGCUUUUGGUUAUCGAGUUGCAACCUGAAUGAUGAUUUUUUUUCAGCAGAUUUCACGCAGUUGACCACAGUGAAGAGUUUAAACCUGUCGAGAAGUAAUAUCACAUUUCUUCCUGAGUGCAUCAAAGAAUUUCACCACCUGGUUGCUCUUGAUGUGAGUUAUUGCAAGUAUCUACAGGAAAUCAGAGGGAUUCCACCAAAGUUGAGAACGUUCAGAGCGAUAGACUGUAGAUCAUUGACUUCCUCAAGUUCAAGCAUGUUCCUAAAUCAGCAAAUUCACGAGGCUGGAAAGACUAUGUUUGUGCUUCCAGGAGGAAGUAUUCCAAGGUGGUUGGAUAAAGAAAGCAGGGGACCUUCAAUUUCUUUCUGGUUUCGUAAUCAAUUCCCUCCCAAAGUCCUUUGUUUCCUUAUUGCAUCUGUACGGGAUGAUACCUUUUUUCGCUUCGUUACUUUUGACGUGUUAAUCAACGGCAAAGUUCAAGAAUAUCAAGCUGGUUAUGAUACGGAUGUGAUAAUGGAGGAAUUGGAUCAUAUACACCUCUUUGAUCUACAUGUGUUGUUCUCUGAAAAUCUGAUUAAAAUUCCUUCAGAAAAGGAGUGGAAGCAUGUGGAGAUUACAUACGAUGGUUUGUUUGAUACCUCACUCAUCAAAUCAACGGGAAUCCAUAUAGUCAAAUCAAAAAGAAGAGGCAUGAAGGACAUUCGAUAUUAUGAUCCUUACACCACCACAAAAAUGUGGCCAUGUGUCAUGGCCCAGAAAACUGCAAGAGAAGAUUAUGACACUGCAGCAACCCAAGUGAACAGCCCAAUAACAAGGAGGAAACCCAAACGUAACAACACCAAACCUAAACAUCUAAAUGACUAUGACUGCAGGGGACUUCUCCCUACACCUCCAGUAAUCUCUCCUGUACCCCCAAAACUAAAUAUAUUUCCAUGUUCACCCACGGUAAAAAUUAAGAAUUACUAACUCUUUUCACCGCAUACCCUCUGCACCCCACAAAACCAUGCACCGUCUACACCCCGAAAAUGCACCCCAAUAAAGCAAUGAAAGAAUCAGAUUCCUUGCACCCCCAACAGAAGAAUCUUUGACCUAGCUGCGCGUGAAGCUUUAUUUUUCGUAGCAAGCAUCCCCCUCCUGCCCACAUUCUGCUAUUCUCCCUCCACCCACUCUUCUUCUCCGCAGCCUCCACACAGCCUCCACACACUCUUCUUCUCCGCAGCAUCCACAGACUGUUCUUCUCCCCAGCCUUCGUAGCCUCCCUUUUCUCCUUUCGCGCAAUUCCGCAGCCUCCCCUCUUCUCCAUUCGCCCAGUUAAGUAAUGUUAUUAUAUUUUAAUUAAUUUUAGGAAUGGUUGUCUGUAUAUUUUAAUUGAUUUAGGAAUGGUUGUGCAAAAAAUUACAAGAUCCGUUUCAUAAACAUGAGAAACGGUCUUUGUCUUAAUUUUUCACCGAAACGGCUUUCCAAAUCCGUUUCAAACAUGCCUGAAACGGAACACACAAUCUGUUUUUUUUUUUGUUUUUCACCGAAACGGAUUGUGAAAUCCGUUUCGCAGAAGCCUGAAACGGAACACACAAUCCAUUUUUUUUUUAUUUUCACUGAAAUGGAUUCUGGAAUCCAUCUCCCAGAAAGCUGAAACAGAAUAUGGAAUCCGUUUUGGUGUUUUUUUUGGUUUUUCACCGAAACGGAGUGUGAAAUUCGUUUUAGCAGGUGAUUGACGUAAUUAACGUUGUUGAAUGUAAUUAAGGAGUGAGUCUUGAUUUGGAGCAGCAUGUGUGUGAAAUGGGAAAAAGAAAGAAUAGUUAGAGAGGUUCCCACCACACCUGAAAUGGUUAUAAAGGAGAAAGAAGACACUACCUAAUAAGAGGGCUAGCUGGGCAUUAAAAUCA